GCACGUGUCACUUGAAUAGAGCCCCACGUGGAAUCUUCUUCUAACGUGGCCAUCCAUGCAUAUGCAUGCUGUUCAUGGCUUUUUCUGCCAAUUGAAACUCCACGUGUGACGUGCAUGGAAGCCACACCCUUCUCUCCACCGUCCUCCUUUUUGCCCUUUUAAAACAAGUUACAAGCCCCAAACCUCAUCAAACUUGCUCAUUUUCGAUUUCUCUCUCACAUUUUCACACUUCCAAAUCCAAAAAUGGCUGAAAUCCGAGACGAGUUCGGCAACCCCAUCCCGCUCACCGACCAGUAUGGCAACCCAGUUCAGCUGACAGACGAGCAAGGCCGCCCCAUGCACCUCACUGGUAUCGCCACCACCGAGGGCGGCCAAAGCCAAGCCAUCCGUACUGGAGAGCAGCAGACCGGUAUCGGAACCAGAGGCACCGGUCUCCACGUUCCGGGCACGGGCACACACGUUCCGGGCACCGGUGCCCACAUCCCCGGGACUGGCAUACACAUCCCCGGCACAGGUUCUCAUGUUCCGGGGACAGGUGCACAUGUUCCGGGCACCGGUGAGCACAUGCCAGGAACCGGAGCCGGUAGCCACCCGUCAGGUACGGGGACGACCGGUGGUGUUGCUGGAGUGAAGGCUGACGAAGUUAUCACCGAGCAUGCCGUGCAUGGUACUGGAAAACCCAAAACUGUAGGUGAACAUCUACAACAGGAGCGCCACACCGGUGAGGCCGGUGAACACCGUCGCAGCUCGAGCUCUAGUUCUUCGGAGGAGGAUGAUGGGCAAGGAGGGAGGAUCAGGAAGAAGAAGGGACUGAAGGAGAAGAUAAAGGAAACCUUUAGCGGUAAACAUAAGGAUGAGCAUCCGGAGGCGGGGCCGGCCUUCAAGACCCCCACGACGACUCCUCAGGAGCAUGAGAAGAAAGGCAUGAUGGAGAAGAUCAAGCAGAAGUUACCUGGUCACCAUCCCCACUGAAUUGACCUUAGCAUGCAGCUUUCUGCAACUGCAAGCUUUGUAUCAUAAACUAGAAUGUCUUCGUGUCUAGCUAGCUAGCUGGGUGUGAAUUAGGUAAUGCCUUGGAAGGCAUUAAUGUAAUAAAGAAGUUUGCCUAGUUUCUGUAAUGGUGUAUUCAUUAGUUAAAUCAAUUGUAAGGGUCUGCUUUA